AUGCUUCGAAGAUGGCCUGUUUGUGCUGUUGCCACCGAAGUGCCGACCAUCGUUGCCACCACCACGACUGCAAAACUGUGGGGAUCAGUGAGGGCUGCCAGCAGCAGCGCGACGGGGAAUGGCGCCGGAGAAAAUGCCCCAUCGGUCGCAGAAGCAGCCGACGGCGCGGCGUAUCGUGAAAGCCUGAUUCAAGCGAUAUUGUCACGUGACAAGGAGAUUUUUGAGCUGAAGCGGCAGCACGAGCUUUCCAUGCUGCGGGUGGAGCAAAACCAGCGCCGUAUUUUAAAGGACCAGGAGGACCGUGGCAUGUACUAUGAGCAGAACUGUAACGUGCAUACCUUUGACACCAUCUCGGUCGGUCUUUACACGCAACGGAACACCCUCUACCACACCAUGAGCGUCGAGAGACUGCGAAAUGUGAAGCUUUUGCUGACACUUCUUGUGACGUUAUUGACGUGUUUCUACCUUUACUACCGUUAUAUGAUCAACCCUAACUGGGUGUACGUGGAGAAGCCACUGAAAAUAAUUGGGAGUCGCGUUGGGGCGUUGAAUGAUAUUCGGGCGCAAUUGGGAAGCCAGGAGGAGGAAACGAUGGCGAUGCGAUCGAAGCUGCGGGAGUAG